GAGCACACUGGUCAGCACUGUUUCCACGCUCAGCAGCUCAUAACCCCAUGCAAGAAUCCUUGAGGCUGACAUGCCCCUUGACCCUGCCCUCCCCCGGAGCCGUGGCACACCGGUGCAUGGACACAGAGCUACAGAGGGUGAGGACAAACCCAACCUGCGUGAGAAAACUGUGUCACACGUGCCUGUGCGUACAGGCAUGCACACAGGUAUUUACCGUGCACCUCGGGCAGGGAGCCUUCCCACCCUGCUCUCCUCACCCCCACACACUCAUACCGGCCGGCCUGGCUCCCCGGGGCGCUGUGCCUCGCACCCCGCUGCGAACUGCGCCUCUGUCCUGCUAAUGACACAGCAGCCGAGCUGCCACAGGGACAACGUGACUCCAGGAGCUGCAGCCUGGGAAGGAGAAAAAAACACACAACCAACGAACCAGCCCUAAAUGUGCACAAUCAAGUGAUGAGUGUUUGUAUUUCUGAUGCUUUGAGGCCAGCUCACAACCCUCCCUCCGUGUAUUAUUCAGGAUGUUUGGGAAGGGGUAUUUUUCUUUUAAUAGGAUGGCGUAGUCACAAAGCUUUAAAGAAAUAAAUGAGUGAAUCGCCUAUGGUAAUAGCAACAUACUAUGAACGGGGCACAGUGACGAAGUUCAAGUCUAUUUUUAAGCAUGCCUGGUAGCAUGUAGGUGCAGACAACAGCCCGUACCCCUUUCUGCUUCUCUGAAGCUAUGGACAUGGCUGUUGUCUCUGUCCCAGUUCAACGUCAGAGUUGUUUUUGCUCCCUAGCGAAUACUAUGGGAAGACAGAGAAGCCUCGAGCUGUUUUGAAGAUUAUGCAACGAUGCUUAGGAGCCUACCUGCUUUUGCUUGAGUGCUUUCCUCGCUCACAUCGCACAGGAUGCGACAGGAAGAGAAGUACAACCGAAUCGGACGGCCCUGGUGAUUGGACUCGAAUCCAUCCUAUGCCCUGGAGGUGAGUUAAUUCCUUCAGCCGAGGUGAUUUCACGCCACAAUGCAGUGUCUAAACAAGGACGAUUGGGCUGCCUACCCCGUGCAUAUGCAUGCUGCCUCCCCGGCAGAUCUGCUGCGACAAAGAGCCAUGAGCAACCCCAGACACUUGGGCAAGAUAAGGAAAAGGCUGGAGGAUAUCAAGAGCCAGUCCUCAAAGCUGACAAAAGCGGAUUUCAGCCACAAUGAAAGCGUAAGGUUGGCCACUGAUGCCUUUCUGGAUGGUGGGACAGACUCUUACCUGGAAACUUUACACAAGGAAGGCGAGGUAGAUUUCCUCUCCUCAGUGGAAGCUCAGUACAUCAAGGAUAAUGCCAGGGAGUCCUAUUAUGCGGAGGAGUCCCUGGCCACCGACGGGGCGGCUGCGCCAAAGAACUAUGCUGGGUCACUCCCUUCAGGGACCUACUUCCCCACCGUUUCUGACAGCAGCGAGCCAGCCCUGCUGCACACAUGGAUUACAGCAGACAAGCCCUAUUUGAAGGAAAAAUCCACUGCCACUGUGUAUUUCCAGACAGAGAAGAACAACAACAUCAGAGACAUCAUACGCCGGUACAUCAACAAAACCACUCAGGUGCUAGCUAUCGUGAUGGACGUGUUCACAGACACUGAGAUUUUCUGUGACCUCCUGGAGGCAGCCAACAAGCGCAUGGUGUUUGUCUACCUGUUGCUUGAUCACGGCAGUAUCAAUCUCUUCUCGGAGAUGUGCGACAAGUUGCAAAUUUCUGAGGAUCUCUUCAAGAACAUCUCAGUGCGCAGCGUUACUGGAGAGGUUUACUGUGCCAAAUCAGGCAGGAAAUUCUCGGGACAAAUACGAGAAAAAUUCCUUAUUUCUGACUGGAAAUAUGUGCUCUCUGGCUCUUACAGCUUCACGUGGUUAUGUGGCCAGGUUCACCGCAACCUCCUCUCCAAGUUCACGGGUCAAGUUGUGGAGCUGUUUGAUGAAGAGUUCCGACACCUUUACGCCCUCUCCAAGCCCGUGAGGGGCCCGAACUCUCCGCCGCGCACCAUGCCCUUCCUGUUCAAUAGGAGCUGGGCCCCUCAGCGCAGCCUCCCCUGCAGCAACGAGGAAAACACCAACACUCUGUCUGAUCCCUUCAGCAGCCUCUCCAAUGGCAGCACCCACCAGAACAAGCAAAAUCCAACAGCUCUCACAUUCAGCAGCAACUUAGCCCCACAGUCACCUCUGCAUAGAGUUAAUUCCUUCCACAACUAUGUCUCAUUCACACCCUCAUCACCACAAAAGGCCAUCCAGGGUAACUACUACCAGCCACCCUAUGUGGCUGAUAACUCCGCAGUGCUGUAUAACAACAUGAACGUUUACAGGCCUAUAAGACUUAGACAAGAGGAACCAAAUAGGACAGGGUUAAGCUCACCCUGGAGAUGCCUCCACCAAGCUAACCUGUUUACAUAAUAACCACCUCGGUUUGAAUUGCAAGUAAGCCUAGUGAGGACCUGUUUAGCAAUCGCUCCUGUACUGAUGAAUAUAGAAAUUCUAUAUAAUACAAAAUGAGGAUGAUUUCAAGCCUCCUGUUUUGUUUUGCUGCUUAUGGAUGCUUCGUUUCCCUAAUUAAAAAGCCAAGCCUUGCUAAUGUGUAAACCUUGGGUGCAUCAUGACCCUAGGAAGAACACAUCUAAAUAAUGCUGCUCAUAGUGCAACGCUGCUGCCGCCUAUCCCCAGCCGUCGGUAGCAUACCUGUGUAGCAGAUUUGGGUGGUCACUGUUUUUCAGGUGGCCAGG